AUGAGCCAACAAUCGCAAUCUGGUGUGGGUAAUUCCUUCAGAGGUUACAAUGGUGACUCUGAAGGUGCUACCAUUUACUCGGCAUCGUAUUCUGGCGUGGAUGUAUACGAGAUGGAGGUCAACAAUGUCGCCGUGAUGCGCCGUCGCAACGACUCAUGGCUCAAUGCCACCCAGAUUCUCAAAGUUGCCGGAGUAGAUAAGGGGAAGCGCACCAAGAUUCUCGAGAAAGAAAUCCAGACGGGCGAGCACGAAAAGGUUCAAGGCGGUUAUGGAAAAUAUCAAGGCACUUGGAUAAAAUUCGACCGAGGUGUCCAAGUUUGUCGUCAAUACGGCGUUGAGGAGCUAUUGCGACCACUCCUGACCUACGACAUGGGUCAAGAUGGAGGUGUUGCAGGUCGAGGCGAUUUUAAUACACCAACAAAGGAACAAGCUAUGGCCGCACAGAGGAAACGGUUGUAUAAUCAAAGUACGGAUGGAAGACCUAAUGGCCUUAGUGGGACAUUUUUCAAGAACAUCUCGACUACUGCCUCACAUGCCGUCGCUGCCAUCAGCAAGGCUCGCUUCGAUUCACCAGGCCCUCGAAGCCGCAAUGGCCCUUCGAGAGCACCCUCCUUUAGCCGCCAAGCAUCCAUGCAGAACGGAGAUGAUUUCCCAAGCAACUCUCAACAGAGCUUUGCCUCGGAUUAUGGACAACAAGUUGAUUCAGCAUACUCGACGCAACAGAUUAAUAACUCAGUUCAGAUGAACGAGACGGAGCCUCCCCGGAAACGCCAACGAGUGACCAUGACGCCAGGCGACAGCUUUAGCGGAUAUGGGCAAAAUAUGGACAUGUAUGCAGCGGCCUUCCCUGGAUCACCAACGGAACCAAACGAGUCUUUUAUCUACACUCAAAAUACUAUGCAGGAUGGCUCGCCAGUGGACGAGGGUAGUGGGCCCUUGGCGCCUCUCCCUUACGAGAUGUCCCCCGAGGUUGAGAUGAAGCGAAACAUGCUGAUGAGCUUGUUUCUGGAAGCUCCUGGGACCGAUCCUACAAAGCAUGAUAUGCUUCGAAGUUACACCCCAAAGGAAUUGGAUAUGCCCAUCGACUUGCAAAGCCAUACUGCUCUCCACUGGGCUGCUACACUCGCCCGCAUGCCUCUGCUCCGUGCUCUCAUCGCUGCUGGCGCUUCCCCGUCCCGCGUAAAUGCUUCCGGCGAAACAGCCCUGAUGAGGGCAUGUUUAGUCACAAAUUCACAGGAUCAUAACUCGUUCCCUGACCUCCUAGAAGUGUUGGGCAGCACCAUAGAGGCACGGGACCACAAGGGACGGACGGUUCUUCAUCACAUUGCGGUAACGAGCGCUGUGAAGGGACGCAACGCUGCAAGCCGAUAUUAUCUCGAAAGCCUCCUGGAGUGGGUUGUAAGGCAAGGUAGCGCACCUAAUAGCCAGGCUACCAACGGGAACGGGCCCAGCGCCUCACAGUCGACCAACCCAAAAAUGGGAAUCGCCCGCUUCAUGAGCGAGAUAGUCAAUGCUCAAGAUAGUGUUGGCGACACGGCCCUGAACAUUGCAUCUCGAAUCGGAAACCGCAGUAUUAUUUCACAACUAUUAGAGGUCGGCGCCGAUCCGAAUAUCGCUAACCGUGUUGGUCUACGUCCCCUUGACUUUGGCAUUGGUAGUGAGAAUGUUGAGGACAAGACGAACGGCGAAGUCAAUGUGGAUAAGAAUGGUGCGACAGGCACAAAUCAACGCAGUCGUGAGAGCAGUGACGAGAUAGUAGCAUCCAUCUCUCACCUAUUAUCAGAAACAGGCUCAGCUUUCCAAACCGAGAUGAAGGCCAAACAAGCUUCUCUCGACGCCCUUCAUACCACUCUCCGCACUACGUCAACACAACUUGGCGAAGCCCGACGAACUUUCGAACACCUGAGCGCGACGCUUAAGAAGCAACAAUUAGCUCGGCAAAAGGUCGCGAAUCUGUCGCACGCACGUGAGGACGAGCAAGUCCGUCUCAUGCAAGAACAAUCCAGAGCAUCACAGCCCAACCCCUCAUCUUCAUGGGAAACAGAGCUGUCUGCUAUGCUCGAAGCCGCUGAUGAUACCUCUGGAGGUGGUUUUGGCGGUGAGGGCCUCCUGCCCUCAGCAGCGGUUCUACGUGCCCGUAUUCGUGCCGUUGAGGGACGCCGUGACAUGACUCGAAAGAUGGUCGCCGCUCUAAAAGGACGGAGCCGCGAUGUCGAAGUCAAGUACCGCCGUGUAGUGGCGUUGUGCACGGGAGUCCAAGAAGACGAAGUCGACGCUGUCAUUGACGGUCUACUGAAAGCCGUGGAAAGUGAACACGAGGAGCUCGAAAUUAACCGUGUGAGACGCUUCCUCGGCGGCGUCGAAGGUGUUGUGCACUGA